CCUUGAUGACAGGUUUCCGAUACCCACCGCCCAUCACGCUCCCCGCCCCAAAUCGGCACCUAGCUUGACAAAUAAGGAAUCAGAACCUUCUUCCGUUAGCGACAGUCCACUGGUAAAUUCAGUCGGCCUUCCCCCGAUACCGGUAAUACUCACAAGGCUGAGCGGGGCCAGGCAAAGCGAGUAUGGCACAGAAUAUAUUUUUCACGCUCGCGAGCGUAACCGCAAUAAUCCUAUCGCUCAUAUGUGUCCGCUCCAUACUAUUGCGUAGGGCAAAGAUUGCUCGACAGGAGCGGGCCGCAGAGAUACUCAGGCAAGCCGAAGUAGGGAUACAGGCCGGGCAGUGGGCGCGAGUAACGCAUGUUAAUUCCAUACUGAGGCCUGCGCCAGUCUAUCUGCACAAUACGAGGUCCCCCCCACCAGCUCAUGUGCAUCCGAAUACCAAUGAAGAGGUCGCUAUCGAGCCUUUGCCGGUUUACGAAGCACCACCGCCAAAGUAUGAUAGUGUCGUCAAAGAGGCACAGCCACCAGUGGAGAUGAGGGAACUCGAGCGUGGUGAGCCUUCUGGAAGAGCGGGCCCACCCGAAUACAACCAAGAGAGGGGGUGAGGCGAAGGAGUUGCCGUUAGAGCCGCCACAGAUGGAAGUCACAUGACCGCUCGAGAGGGCGAACCUAGGAGAGGGAUAUUUUCAAUGACAAGGCCAUUCUACGAGUAUGGGCUAUUGGGUAGAUUGCGGGGGUAGUCGGUGGGUUGGAAACGCUUCAUUUGAUUUAAGCUUACGUCUCGGGAUAAGAGGGCGCAAGCCCUCGGCUUCUUAUCUUCGACCGAGUCCCAGUAUCGUACGAUAUAUUUCUUCAUCACACCGGUAGUAGCCCUAUAAAGCAAGGGCGCUUUUAAUGAUGGGUGCCGGGCUCAGAGUUCUUGCUCUUCCUGCUCUUCCUCGAACCUUGCAUCAGGCUCUACUCCCGAGUUUGAGCUAUCUUUCGUUCCUACAUGCCUACGGGGUGUCCGGGUUUGCUAUUUUUGCUCUUGUCUUGCUGGGAAACCUU